GUUUGUUUAACAUUUCAAGUAUAAGCAGCACGUUUUCAAAAAGGAGGAAAUGAUUUUAGAGGUUUUAAGUUUAGUUGCGAGUUUGCCUUUUCAUCUAGACUCUCUUGAGUGCUAUAUUUGUACAAAUGAGGAGGGAAACUGGAAUGACUGCAUUAGAACUAUCCAAACUUGCGAACCAUUACAAGAUACCUGCCAGUCUAUUGUUCAGUAUCGAACUCCUCCUUUCUGGACUGUUCUUGCUGAGAGAAGGGCAUUCGUUACAAAAGGCUGCACAACUACAUCUGCUUGUCAAAUGACAUCAUCUGUCAUCUCAGAGCGUUGUUCCAGAUCAAAAACCAGGGACUGGAUUUGUUCUUACUGCUGUAACAGUGAUCGUUGCAAUUACUAUGUGCCUAAAGCAUUAAUCUUUGUUAGUCAAUCAUCUGGGUUGGAGGUAAUAUAAACGAACUUAAGAGAAAUCAGUGGACGAACCUAUCCGCCUUUUAAGUUUACGAACAUUAAAAAAGCAAUUAUUAUCUUUUGUUCGAUUUUACAACGAUAAAACAUAUAAAGUAAGAAAAUAUGAAUACGGUUACAUUCUUAUUUUUACCAUUAAUAUCUAUCUCAUAAAACUGACAUCCGAAAACCCACUGGGGAUCUGAUCGCGUAGCGAGAAGCAGUAUUAAAAUGUAAGUUGAUAAACGUUAGGAAGCACAUGGUUGUCAGUCUACAGGAAUUGGUUCAGUUAGAGAAGUUCGGCGAAAUUUGAGUUCGAUUUAAUAAGUAACAAGUGUUAUGGCUGAGUGCCCAUUAUUUAUAUCUAUGAACCAGAUCAGUGGUAAGAAGCCUACUUGUAGUUUCUAUAAUUCCUGAGAACUCAUUUUAAGAAUUUUUCAGUACCUUGAUUCUUAAGGUUUAUCUAUAAAAGUACCUCUAUUAUCUUUGGUGUUCUGCUCCAGAACUCACCGAUGAAGGGUGCACAAAAAGUUAUGAGAUUUUUUUGGAAUUACUCAUUAAGCUUUACUCUCCUCUACUUCGUUUUAUGAAUUUAAACCAUAACACUUUUAUGUCGUUGAAUAAUGACGACAUUUUCUGUCUAAUAUUAAAUUCUGUUUGAUAUUAUGAAGAUGCCAAGUUCCCUGUAUCUGAAAUUUGUUACUGCUACGUUUAAACAUACUGUGCAUGCAUAAAAUAUUUUAUGCUAAAUAUAAUUAUAAAUGUAACUUUUAUUUUGUGCAAAAUAUCAAACUAAACUCACCAUAUCACUAGAUGCAUAGCGACCAUAAAUGCCACCAAACUAACUCCUUAUAAUGUACUGGAAGUGUGAAUGAGCCUAUUUACUUACAAUACACUAAAUAUUGUGUAAUCUCUUUUAUAAAAAAAUUUAAUGUUCACAUGCUCACGCUUAAUAUUUUUGAAAUCUUAUGGUUAUUUGUUUAAAAUUGUCUUUAUUUGUGAUGUAGGGAGGCGCUUUACGAACGUGUAGUCCUCAAACCUAUACAACAUUGUUCAUCCUCUGUCUGUGUAGCAUAUUUUGGAAAUUUGUUUGAUUAUAUAAGCAACUGAAGUAACUGUGGAAAAAUUUCAAGUCGGAAAAUACUUCGGCUGCCGAACAUCACAAUACUCAGUAUCCCUUUUAAAAAAAAUACAUGAGUGACUUAUUAAUAAAAAUAUAGAUAUAACUGAUUUGUGAGCAUUAGUCGUACAAGUAUGACCAUAUUUUUACAAGCUUUUGCCAAAUAACUACAUCGAUUAGCACUGUAUAUUACACGGACGACCAUCUUUAUGAAGAUAAAAAAAUCCUUUUAUCCUUGUAACCCGAUUUCCAGUAACGGAGUUGUACAUUGUUUUAAAAAUUGUAAAUAUAACAAGCACAUUUAUUUGUCAUUUCGGUUACAAUAUAAUAAAUUUCAGCUGUUCUUCAA